CUUAGCUCAGGGCAGUGCUGAAGUCUGGAGCAACCUGAUACGGCCCACAAGGCUGCCGAGACAUAACCAGAUGUCCUCAGCAUAUGGUGGGGUCCACACCACAGCUUGGGGACCCCCAUGGAGGCAGCCCAGCGGUGGGGGCUGGGGCCCACAAGGACAGGGCCGAGUAACCUGGACUGUUCUGACUCUUCCUGAACUUCCUUGCCCCCAGGGCUUCGAUUCUGGGCCUCAGUUUCCCCACCUGUCCUGACCCGGCCCACCUCAUGGGGCUGCAGGAUGGGUGAUGGGGUGACCCUACUCUGCCCUGCCCUUCCCUGCCCUAGGGUCUGCAGGGAAGGUGCCUGCCUGGAGGGUGGAGCUGGGGUUCGCCUUCAGGAAUAAGGGGGCUGCAGGGGCGCAGCUUCGGCCCGUGCGUGUGUCUGGGGUCUGAGGGCGAGGCCCCGGGAGCUUGGUGGCGUCUGAGCGCGUGUGGAGGUCCAUGUCACCGUGUGUCAUCAUGCACACGUGUCUGUGCACGCCCAGGCGCGUCCAUGAGUGACGGUCAGCACCCUGCAGUCGGCCACCCUGUGCCCGCCAAGAGCCCCAGCGCCAGCCAGGGGCUCCCCGGUUCCAUUCCGCGCGAGCGGCGCGGCUCUGAGCUCCCGAAAGCGGAAGCGGGGGGCGCGGCCCGGGGCUGGGGCGGGGCCUGCGACCUCACCUUCGCGCCCACUCCACGGAGCCGCAGCCCGAGGCCGGGCAGGGUUGGGGGCGAGGCCGCACCGCCGCCUCCCCGAAGCCUUUUCCUGUCGCGGGGAGGGCCCGUCGGUGACGGCCGGGCCCGUCACGUGGGCCUGACAGCUGGGGAGGGGGUGGCCGGUGACAAUGUGGUCCCCAGGCGGCCUGGGGGAGCUGCGGCGCUGAGACCCCUGGCCCGUCCCGCCCAGCCGGCCCGCCUCGGGCUCCCGGCCCGGGCCCCGUCAUGUUCUCCAGGAAGAAACGGGAGCUCAUGAAAACCCCUUCCAUCUCCAAAAAGAACCGCGCGGGAAGCCCCAGCCCGCAGCCCUCAGGGGAGCUGCCCAGGAAGGAUGGGGCGGAUGCCGCGAUCCCCGGACCGAGCCUGGAGCCGCCUGCCGGGUCCUCUGGCGUCAAGGCCACGGGCACCCUCAAGCGGCCCACCAGCCUGAGCCGCCACGCCAGUGCAGCUGGCUUCCCGCUGUCGGGUGCCGCCUCCUGGACACUGGGCCGGAGCCACCGGAGCCCGCUGACAGCUCCCAGCCCGGGCGAGCUGCCCUCUGAGGGCGCCGGCCCUGAUGCCGUGGAAGACAUCUCCCACCUGCUGGCGGACGUGGCCCGCUUCGCUGAGGGCCUUGAGAAGCUCAAGGAGUGUGUGUUGAAUGACGACCUCCUUGAGGCUCGCCGCCCACUGGCCCAUGAGUGCCUGGGUGAGGCCCUGCGUGUCAUGCGUCAGGUCAUCUCCAAGUACCCACUGCUGAACACCGUGGAGACGCUCACAGCAGCCGGCACCCUCAUCGCCAAGGUCAAAGCCUUCCAUUACGAGUGCAACAAUGAUCUGGAGAAACAGGAGUUUGAGAAGGCCCUGGAGACGAUCGCUGUGGCCUUCAGCAGCACAGUGUCCGAGUUCCUCAUGGGUGAAGUGGACAGCAGCACCCUCCUAGCAGUGCCUCCCGGGGACGCAAGCCAGUCCAUGGAAAGCCUGUAUGGACCGGGGAGUGAGGGCACCCCUCCCGGCCUUGAGGACUGCGACACUGGCUGCCUGCCCGUCGAGGAGGUGGACGUGCUGCUGCAGCGCUGUGAGGGCGGCGUGGACGCCGCGCUGCUGUAUGCUAAGAACAUGGCGAAGUACAUGAAGGAUCUCAUCAGCUACCUGGAGAAGCGGACCACGCUGGAGAUGGAGUUUGCCAAGGGCCUGCAGAAGAUCGUUCACAACUGCAGACAGAGCGUCAUGCAGCAGCCGCACAUGCCGCUCCUGUCCAUCUACUCGCUGGCCCUGGAGCAGGACCUGGAGUUCGGCCACAGCAUGGUGCAGGCCGUGGGCACCUUGCAGACCCAGACCUUCAUGCAGCCCCUGACCCUGCGGCGGCUUGAACAUGAGAAGCGCAGGAAGGAGAUCAAGGAGGCCUGGCACCGUGCCCAGAGGAAGCUGCAAGAGGCGGAAUCGAACCUGCGGAAGGCGAAGCAGGGCUAUGUACAGCGCUGCGAGGACCACGACAAGGCCCGCUUCCUCGUGGCCAAGGCAGAGGAGGAGCAGGCUGGCAUGGCGCCUGGGGCGGGCGGCACGGUCACCAAGACCCUGGACAAGCGGCGGCGGCUGGAGGAGGAGGCCAAGAACAAGGCGGAGGAAGCCAUGGCCACCUACCGCACCUGCGUGGCCGACGCGAAGACGCAGAAGCAGGAGCUGGAGGACACCAAGGUGACGGCGCUGCGGCAGAUCCAGGAGGUCAUCCGGCAGAGCGACCAGACCAUCAAGUCGGCCACCAUCUCCUACUACCAGAUGAUGCACAUGCAGACGGCGCCCCUGCCCGUGCACUUCCAGAUGCUGUGUGAGAGCAGCAAGCUGUACGACCCCGGCCAGCAGUACGCCUCCCACGUGCGCCAGCUGCAGCGGGACCAGGAGCCCGACGUCCACUAUGACUUUGAGCCGCACGUCUCCGCCAACGCCUGGUCCCCCAUCAUGCGUGCCCGGAAGAGCAGCUUCAACGUGGGUGAUGUGGCGGGGGCUGAGGCUGCAGGCAGCCCCCCAGAUGAAGGUGGCUCCAUUGAGGGCGUGCCUGCCAAAGACCACAGGGCCGGGCGAGGACACCAGGUACACAAGUCCUGGCCGCUUGCCAUCUCAGACUCGGACACCGGGCUGGACCCCGGCCCUGGCGCAGGGGACUUUAAGAAGUUCGAGCGGACAUCAUCCAGUGGCACCAUGUCAUCCACGGAGGAGCUGGUGGACUCAGAGCGGGGACCCACAGCUUCGGCCUUCGAGCAGGCUGACCUCAAUGGCAUGACCCCCGAGCUGCCGGUGGCCGUGCCCAGUGGGCCAUUCCGCCACGAGGGGCUGUCCAAGGCAGCCCGAACCCACCGGCUCCGGAAGCUCCGCACACCUGCCAAGUGCCGUGAGUGCAACAGCUACGUCUACUUCCAGGGUGCGGAGUGUGAGGAGUGCUGCCUGGCCUGCCACAAGAAAUGCCUGGAGACGCUGGCCAUACAGUGCGGGCACAAGAAGCUGCAGGGCCGCCUGCAACUGUUUGGACAGGAAUUCAGCCAGGCGGCCCGAAGUGCCCCCGACGGUGUGCCCUUCAUCAUCAAGAAGUGCGUAUGCGAGAUCGAACGGCGGGCGCUGCGCACCAAGGGCAUCUACCGGGUCAAUGGGGUAAAGACGCGCGUGGAGAAGCUGUGCCAGGCCUUCGAGAAUGGCAAGGAGCUGGUGGAGCUGUCGCAGGCUUCACCCCACGACAUCAGCAACGUCCUGAAGCUCUACCUGCGCCAGCUGCCGGAGCCACUCAUCUCUUUCCGCUUCUACCACGAGCUCGUGGGGCUGGCCAAGGACAGCCUGAAGGCGGAGGCCGAGGCCAAGGCGGCGACCCGGGGCCGGCAGGAUGGCUCGGAGAGCGACGCAGCGGUGGUGGCCAUGGCAGGUCGGUUGCGGGAGCUCCUGCGGGACCUGCCGCCAGAUAAUCGGGCCUCGCUGCAGUACCUGCUGCGGCACCUACGCAGGAUCGUGGAGGUGGAGCAGGAGAACAAGAUGACUUCCGGGAACCUGGGCAUCGUGUUCGGGCCCACGCUGCUUCGGCCACGGCCCACCGAGGCCACCGUGUCCCUCUCCUCCCUGGUGGACUACCCCCACCAGGCCCGCGUCAUCGAGACCCUAAUCGUGCACUAUGGCCUGGUCUUCGAGGAUGAGUCGGAGGAGACCCCCGGGGGCCAGGACGAGGCAUGCAAUCAGCAGGCCGAGGUGGUCGUCCAGGUGCAGCACCUGGAGGCAGGCGAGGGGAUGGCGUACCCUUUCCCAGAGGCAGCGGAAGACGGGGCCGGAGAACCCCGAGUUGUGUCCAACGACUCUGACUCGGACCUGGAGGAGGCCUCCGAGCUGCUGUCCUCGUCGGAGGCCAGUGCCCUGCGCCGCCUCAGCUUCCUGGAGCAGCACCAGCACGAGGCCAGCCUGGAGGAGGCUUCUGGCAGUCACAGUGGGAGCGAAGAGCAGCUGGAGGCCGUGGCCAGGGAGGACGAGCACGGGGACGACGAGGGCCCAGCUCUGAAGCUCUCAGGGUUCAACACCAACCAGUCUAACAACGUGCUGCAGGCCCCACUGCCCACCAUGAGGCUCCGCGGUGGGCGGAUCGCACUGGGCUCCUGCAGGGAGAGGCGGCCAGAGUUCGUCUGAGCUGGGGUGGGACCAGGACCACGGGUGGCUGCUUCUCCCGCAGGCUCCUGUCCCUCCGCCUCCAGUGUCCCAGCCCCGUGGCACAGCUCAGCUGCGCCAUCCUGGGGGUGCUGCCUGCUUCCAGGAGCAUGAGGCCAUGGGGCUGUCUGUGGAGCAUGCCCUGCACGCCUUUCCACCCAGGCAGGCCUGGCUCAGCCGAGCUGGGGGAUCACUGCUGUCUUGUCAAGUCGCUGGCCUUGGUGGUGCCCAUGGGGCUGCAUGGAUGAAGGACGGAGAGCCUGCCCUCCUCACAGGUCUGUUGCAGGGACUGGGCAUACCGAAGCCAUUCUGGGAGCCUCGAAUGGGGGCGGAGGCUAGGGCUUGGAGAGGUGUCAAGGGUGCAUUACAGCAGGCCCUAGGCUCCCUUUUCUAGAAAGCCAGGUAUGGCCACCUGGGGCUUAGGUACACUGGGGUCUCCAAGCAACUGUGGAGUUAUCUCACAGGCACGUUUAUUUUGCUGGAAUAAAGUUUCUAAUUGGG